AUGGCCGCAUGGGAUCAGAAACCUUGGAGAUCGUCCCGAAAUAAGGUAGUCAUGAACUCUGUAAGCCAUUUCCUUUGGCUUGACAUAGAGCUACCUCUCAACCGAGCGAUCCGCCCUGGCCAGUAUGUGCAGCUUUGGAUGCCACGAGCCGGCUUUCGCGCUUUCUUUCAGCUUCCUCAGUUCUAUAUUGCAUUCUGGGAAGAUGGACCAACUCAAAGAAUAGUCCGUAUGGUAGCAGAGCCUCAACCUGGGCUUGCGCGAAAGCUGUACCACGAAGCACUGAGAUCCCCAGUCAAGCAGUCGGCCAUCAUACUCGGACCGUACGGACACCCUCUCGAUUUCUAUCGGUUCGGUACAAUCCUCUUCGUGGUAGAGGACAUCGGGUUUUUCCGAGCGCUUUCAUACAUUGAAAUGUUGGUGGAGGCCAGCCGCAAGCGAGAAGUAAUGGUGCGAAAGCUAGAGGUUCUCUGGAAGCGACAAGUUGGCAAAGAUGAAAAUCCACAAUGGGUAAAUGAAUGGAUGCAAGACCUUUUCAAUCGCGACUGGAGAUCGUUCAAGAUUUUGCGGUUCAGCAUCUACUGCCCGCGUACUCAAUCAAGUCCCCAGGAAAACCUUUCCUACGAGCACAACGCAAUGCUUUGCUACUUUUAUGGCUCGAUCAAGAUCGAGGAGGAAGUUGCGCGGUAUCUCAACAAUCAACGCGGAGCCAUGGCCGUAGCGGUAUGUGCAGGUCCGUCAAUAAGUGAGGCCGUGACGAAGACUGUACAGCCACACGCAGGAAGAAAUCUCCAGCUGAUCGUUCUCGACCCCGAUAUGAGCCCUGCACCGGAUGGGAAUGACGAUUUGCCCGGCAGCGUCGAGUCUGCAGUUGACCGCCAGGAUCCAACACACACAGCCUCGGGAGCGGGAGAGGGCAAGCGUAUUCACCAAGAACGACGAAUUCCAGUGGACAACCGUAAGCUACAGUAUUCAUCGCCCACAAAAAUUGAUACGGAAACCGGAAAAGUCGAGAUGAGCAACCACUCGAACCUAGUUGGUUUCAACACUUCACUCAAAUUCGCCUACGCGCACCGCGUGUCGGAUUCGCUGCGCCUGCCUCUAGUGGAGGCCUCUUCGAUUGAGGCGGUCUCAACACAAUGGUUGAGUUUUCAGCUCAUUGGCAAUCGUAUCUUCCGCCGGCAGUUCAUGUAUCACAGGGAGGGCACCAUGGAAAGCUUGGAGCCUGGCCUUGUUCGCCGCACAGCCGGUGAUUGGUAUGAUAGAAAGACGAUCGCCGGCCAUGGCAAAGCUGGCAGCGAAGCGUGCCGAUCUCGGGUAGGCUGGUGUGUGCAUUUCGUCUCGUAG